CGCUGCCCCAUUCAGUCCCUUCCCGAGCCCCGACCCCGGUAGCUGCGCCCCCGCCAGCGAGCGCUCCGUGCUUACUUGUGCAGUUUCUUCUGUUCGCCGACGCUGCGUCCCGUUCCUCUUGCCAGCUCCCCAAGCGCGAGCCCCCGUCUGUCCCACGCGGUGCAGCCCCGGCCGGAGCGGCGAUGCGCCUCAUCCAGAACAUGUGCACCAUCGCCGAGUACCCCGCCGCGGGCAGCGCCGCCGCCGCCGAUUACUGUCUGGGGCCGGCGGGCCGCCGGCUCGUCAAGAUCGCCGUGGUGGGGGCCAGCGGCGUGGGCAAGACCGCUCUGGUGGUCCGGUUCCUCACCAAGCGAUUCAUCGGAGACUAUGAAAGAAAUGCAGGUAAUCUGUAUACCAGACAAGUCCAGAUAGAAGGGGAAACUCUGGCCAUACAAGUUCAGGACACUCCGGGUAUUCAGGCCCAAGAAAAUGGCUUAAGCUGCAAUGAGCAGUUGAAUCGGUGCAUCCGGUGGGCAGACGCUGUGGUGAUCGUUUUUUCCAUCACUGAUCACAAGAGCUAUGAACUCAUUGGCCAACUCCACCAGCAUGUCCAGCAGCUCCACCUGGGCUCCCGGCUGCCCGUGGUGCUCGUGGCUAACAAAGCUGACCUAUUGCACAUCAAGCAGGUUGACCCUCAGCUCGGACUGCAGCUGGCCAGCAUGCUGGGCUGCUCCUUCUAUGAAGUGUCUGUCAGUGAAAAUUACAACGAUGUCUAUAACGCUUUCCACGUCCUGUGCAAAGAAGUGAGUCACAAACAGCAGCCCAGCAGCACACCCGAGAAGCGAAGAACCUCUCUCAUUCCCCGCCCCAAGUCGCCCAACAUGCAGGACCUGAAGAGAAGGUUCAAGCAAGCGCUCUCUGCCAAAGUCAGGACUGUCACCUCCGUUUGAAGUGUGACUGACUAAUCAAGGGGGUUUGGUCUUCCAGGAAGAGGCCCGGAGGUGCUUCUAGGUUGGGAAGGUUGGAUGCUGGUGGUAGUUCACUGGUCCCAGGAUGGGCUAUAGUGAAGGCCCCGGGGCCUGUGGACCUGCUACAGAAAAGGAAGUGCGGUUGGAACAGGGGGACAGAUGGAUGAGCCUGAGUGAGCCCCCAAGCCACUCCCUGUACACACAACAUGUCUGUUCUUAUUUUUUAGAGUGGGGAAGAGGGCAGACAGACUUGCUUUGGUUUUUGUUCUUAACUGCCUUAUAAUGAUGGUCAGUUGUAGUUUCAGGCAGAUAUAUUGGUGUGGUUGAUGGUGGGAAUGAAAGAACAGAUUAAGUGUUUGUAGGCUUCCUUUUCUCCCCUCCCACUUCUUUUUUUGUUUCUCCCAAGAGGAAGAACUGCUUUUCUCCUGUCAACAUGGUUUGCCUCUCUGGAAUACUGUUGUUACAGGAUACAUUUCUAACUUGAAGGAUGCCCACAUUUCUUCUUUAAAGAACAAGGAGGAAAACAAAUCUCUGUUCCCACGAAAGGGCUCAAGUUUAUGGGCCAAAAUAUCCUGUACACUGACCGUUGUGAACCGUGGUCUGCAGGAGGCACUGGCUCCCCUCACACGGGACGGCGGUGCUUAGUUGGAUAUGUGUCGAGUGGCUGGAAACUCAUACUCUUCAACCCCAGACUAACUGCAAGAUUGUAUAGUUCCUUGUUAUUUUUAUUUUAUUUUUUACUUUUAACUGUUGGACCAGGUACAGAAAAGUGUCAAGGAUUUUGGUGUGAUUUGUGUAACUGGCUUAUGGCAAUGAUGGGUUGUUUCCUAGGCCUGGCUGAGUCACAGUAAUGGGCAGCUAACAUACAGAAACGCUGUCUUACAGAGUGUCCAGAUGCGGGGUCUGCCUGCCAGAUCCCCUACACAGAUGCACUUUAAAAAGCCACUUAUGCUUUGGCUUAAACUGUAAUUAAUUUAUUUUAUGUACAAUAAAUCUCAUUUUAAAAGAGCA